GUCGGCGAACUCUAUCGGCCCAAGGUCGCCGCAUCGCAUCCGAGACCCUCCAUAAGGUAUUUUGGCCAAGCCCAGCCCUAAGUUGGGAGCCCGUCCCCUCCUGCUCACCUCUGUCCAUGCGAUCGUUUGCAAACUGGCCCGUCUUGGAUACCAUCGUGACAAAUCAGCAUGUCUUCUGUUGUGGACGACUGUGUCGAUCCCGUCAACCCUUCUCCACCCCCCAACAAUGACAAUGGCAUUCAAGCUCGCGACGACCCGGAACGUGGCGAUCCCUCUCGCCAUCUCCGGCCACCGCUGGCACCCUUCGUUGAUGUUCCCAAUGACUUCACUCUUGGCAUCCGUCGUAGACCUACGCUACCCGUUUCUUCUCAAAUCCCGACUCCCCAAGGCUCAGAGGACGAGGAUGGCGGCAUCAGGGUCAGGCGUAGGAGAUCCCAGACGUCCGAGUCGACCGAUUCGUCGCUCUCCAACGAUUCCAAUGAUUCAGAGGACAAGCCCUUUUCCGAUGGAGCGCUUGAAGUUAUGGCGAAGCUCGACACCCUCGUGGGCCUUGACGACGUCAAGAGCCACUUCAGAGAGCUCGGGCUGUACAUACACAACAGCCAGGUGCUUGGAGUGGAACCUGGCGACGAGCGCUUUCACGCCUUGUUCCAGGGGAACCCGGGGACAGGAAAAACCACAGUCGCGAAGCUGUAUGCUCAGUUUCUCGAGUCGAUGGGCGUCUUGGAGUCGGAGGAUGUGGUGGAGACCUCGGGUGUCAAGCUUGCAUCCAAUGGACCCAAGGCUAUCAUGGACAUCUUCGAGCAAGGAGAUGGUGGCGUGUUGUUCGUGGACGAGGCCUACCAGCUUGUUGCAUCUCACUCAAGUCUUGCUGGCAAACAAGUCCUUGAUGUCAUCCUCGGCGAGAUGGAUAGCAAUCCCCCAAGAUGGGUCGUCAUCUUUGCUGGCUACAAGGAGGAAUUCGACCCCUUCUUUGCCCACAACGACGGCCUCAGCAGCCGCAUCCCUCAGGUUCUGACCUUUGAAGACUUUUCCAAUGCUCAGCUCCACUCCAUCCUUCUGAGUUUCUUUCAAAAACGCUUCUCUCGACACAGCUUCGAAAUUGAGGGCGGGCCGGAUGGUCCGUUUGUCGGUGCAGUUGUCCGUCGUAUAUCCCAAGGUCGCGGGAGGCGCAGGUUUGGAAAUGCGCGAACCGUUCGGAACUACUUCCAGAGAAUUUGCCAGCGUCAAGCCCGUCGACUUGGUCAACUCGACAAGCCAACAAUGAAGGAUCGUUUGUUCUUCACCAAGGAAGACCUGCUUGGACCGAAACCGCUGGAUGUGAAAGCCACAAGCAAGACAUGGGCCAAACUGAAUUCGCUUAUUGGGUUGCACGAGGUCAAGAAGUCGGUCGACAUCAUGUUCAAGAUUGUGGACACCAACUACCAACGAGAACUCAAGGGCAAGCGACCCCACACUCACUCACUCAACCGCGUCUUUGUGGGCUCGCCGGGGACAGGAAAGACAACGGUUGCAAAGCUCUACGGCAAAAUCCUUGCCGAGCUUGGAUUUUUGAGCCAAGGAGACGUGGUCAUCAAAACUCCGGCAGACUUCAUCGGUGAUGCUGUCGGCAGGUCGGAAUCAAACACGCGGGCCAUCCUCGCGUCGACUUUAGGCAAGGUCCUGAUCAUUGACGAAGCCUACAUGCUUGACCCCGGCGAUGCCACGGCAACUCGAGACUCCUUCAAAACCGCUGUGCUCGAUAGCAUUGUUGCAGAGGUACAAGGCAAUCCUGGCGACGACAGGUGCGUUCUCUUGCUCGGAUACGAGGACAGGAUGGAGUCGCUCUUUCAGAAUGGCAACCCUGGGCUGUCAGGCCGCUUCAUGGCUGACAUGCCAUUCCGAUUCGCCGAUUUCUCGGCGGAGGAACUGGGCGAGAUUCUCAAACUCGAUCUCAGGACCCGCCACAUCGACUAUGAGCCGGCUGCCCUGGUUGCUGCGAUUGACCUACUGUCUCGAUACAAGUACAACCGGAACUUCAGCAACGCAAGAGAGGUCAAGCUCUUGGUAUCCGAAGCAGUUCUGCGAAACCAGGAGCGACACAUGACAAGUCAAAAUCAUGACGAAGACUUUGAAGCUUGCCUUGAACCCCAGGACUUUGACCCGUGGUUGCGGCCACAGACGGUAUCAACAGGCAACGUGGUCAACUGCAGAGCUGAUCUGACAGGUCAGAUAUCGGACUCGGUCAUUGAGCAGUUGGAGAGGUACCUCCCGACCUCUUUGAACCGCGACUUGAACCGCCAUGUGCCGCGAACCUUCGUAUUGAAGGGGCCACCGGGCACCGGGAAGACAACGCUCGCCAAGUACAUGGGGAAGUUAUUCCGUGACAUUGGCCUCCUUCCAACCCACCAGUCUGUCGUCUGCUCGGCAAUCAACUUCAUCGGGCAACACGUGGGACAGACUACGCCCAAGACUCGAAUGCAGCUCGAGAAGGGCUUCGGCAAGGUCCUCAUUAUCCGCGAUAUCCACCGACUUGCGAAAGGUGGCUACUCGAGCGAAGCUCUCGACGAACUCACCUCGUUUGUGCGCACCUUCUCUGGGAGAAUGGCGAUCGUUCUCACAGGGCCCUCGGAGCCAGUCGACGAGCUGUUGGCCGAGAGACAUGAACUUGGGACCAUGUUUCCAGAUCGCAUCACCUUCCAAGACCUCUCACCUCGGGACUGCCUGAAUCUGCUGGACAGGCUAAUUCACGAUCUCGAACCCACCGCAGAAACGCCCUUUUUCACAUCGCAGGCUACCGCGGAAAUGUUUCAACAGGCAAUGUCGAUUCUUACCAUGUUUGAGGGCUGGGGGAAUGCCUCGCUUGUUGCGGUGAUCAAGACUCGCAUGAUCCAAAAGGGGGACACUGAGCAAUUCUUGGCGCGUACACGAGAUCCGGGGGUCAAGCACCGCUGGAAGCUCACGGAAGGGACGGCCAUGUCAUGUAUCAGGGCUCUGUUCCACGAGAUCCGCAACACGGGUGCUGCGGUGAGGAAGGUUGUCUCUGAGCCUGCCAGCAAUACCGGCGAAACCCAAGAAACUCCCGAGCCCCAGUCGGGUACCGACGUCACCCAACCGACACAAACGACGAUCGAGGCGACUUCGGCACCCAAGCGGGUGGUGCAGGCGACUCAUCAGGUUGAGAUUGUAGUCAAAGAUAAUUCGAAGCCCAUAGGGGAUCAGGGGCCUGGGGAAAAGGAGUCCAAGCUGCGGGACAAGACGGCAGCCAACGCAGCGACAUCAACUUCAAAGGCCUCAAAGUUGACGGAAGAGCAAAUCAAACAACGAGACAAGAAUCAAAAAGACUCUGAGAGAGAGAAGCAAGCCGUGCAGGAAGCUAUUAAGCGGAUGGGUAAAUGCGAGCAAGGGUACGACUGGGACAGGGUUCCUGGUGGCUACAAAUGCCAGGGGGGCACUCAUUUUGUGUCUGAUGCCGAUGUGGCAGAUGCUAUUCGAUGAAGACAGAUUCGGAUUUAUUAGAUUUGAGUAAUUAAGUUGGCGUGCC